CGCCCGCGUCGCUCAUCCCCCUGGAGGGGGGGGUGAUGGAGGCGGAGGUCCUGUCCGUGGUCUCGUGCCCGACGGCGAUGGUCUGCAAGUGGAUCACGUCGCUGCUCGAGGAGCAGCGGCAGGCGGCGCGCAUCACCGACCAGCAGGUCUCGGUGAUGACGACGGAGCUCAUCAAGCUGAUGAAGGUCUACCAAGACACGCACGGCCUGCAGUUCACGCCGAUGCCGGCGAUGCUCAACGGCCUCCUCCUCCUAGAACCAGAACCCGAACCCGUCCCCCUGUCUCCCAACCAGCACUCGAGAGGACGCGUCCGGCUGUGCUUCUCCUACUUUUUCGUCGUCGUGUGGGUCUACUCGAUGGCCCCCGUCAUCGCAAUGAUGGAGAUGCACGACAACGGCGAUCUCAACAACGAGGGGUUCGGCCUCGGCCUCGCCUUCUCCUUCUUCCUCGCCCUCUUCUACUUCGGCCUCUACGAGGCGGGCAAGAUCAUCGAGCAGCCCCUCGCCGGCGUCGUCGACUUGCUGCCUAUCGACGAGAUGGGGCACACGCUCUCCGACGACCUCUCCAACCUGGUCGACGAUCCGAACGACGAGGUGCCCGUUUUCCUUCCCCGCCCGCCCGACGCGCGCAACGGCAAGAUCUGACCGCCCCUGAGGCGGAGCCGCGGGGAGGCGGAGCCGCGGGGAGGCGGAGCCGUGGCCGCGCGCUUGGCUCGGCGACACGCCACGCGCGGUCGUCGGAGGUAGCGAGGGGCCAGGGCAGGGGCCGCCUGCGCUGCACGUACGUUUAUACGCAGGGGUUUAGCCAGAGAGGGUGCCGAGGGGCCGGCCGAGCCGACGCGGCUACGCGGUGGAGUUGCCGGCGAUGUGUGCCGCAGAGCGGACGCUCUCGAGACUCUGCCUCCUACUGUUUGGGACGCCGCCUUUCGAGGUAGAUCGCGAUUUUUUUCGAGGUCAGACGGCAGCGAGCG